AUAUUCGCCAAAAUUGAUCCGUUAGCGCUCACGGCGAGCGUAAGCAACGCAAAAGAAGGCGUUUGCAAAGGCUCCAAACAAAAGGGCGUGGACGUAGUGAGUGGAAGUGUCGGUGCGGUGGCGGCGGUGGCUGGUCCGUCAAAUACAACAACAACAACGACAUCAACAACAUCGAGCAGCAUUGAAAUUGACGAUUUGAGUGGUGCUUUUAAUGGUAAAGUCCAUUUAACACCAGCAGUCAGCAACCAACUUGUGCUCCAUGCCAAAGAGCCCGAAACAAUGUCCGGCGAUCAAAAAGUGCUACUCAAGGGACACGCCUCUCAGUACGUUAAACUAAAUGUGGGCGGUCGCCUCUACUAUACGACAAUAGGAACUCUGACGAAACAUAAUGAUACGAUGCUAAGCGCCAUGUUCAGUGGCCGUAUGGAGGUGUUAACUGAUUCAGAAGGUUGGAUCUUGAUAGAUCGCUGUGGCAAUCAUUUUGGCAUUAUUCUCAACUUCUUGCGGGAUGGCAGUGUUCCGUUGCCGGAGACAAACAAGGAAAUCGCGGAGCUACUCGCAGAGGCCAAAUACUACUGCAUCACUGAGCUGGCAAUGUCCUGCGAGCGUGCAUUGUAUACACACCAGGAGCCGAAGCCGAUCUGCCGCAUACCGUUGAUAACUUCGCAGAAGGAAGAACAGCUGCUGAUCAGUUCAUCCUCGAAGCCGGCCGUGAUAUUGGUGGUGCAGCGACAGAACAACAAAUACUCGUACACAAGUACAUCCGAUGAUAAUCUGCUCAAGAAUAUCGAACUAUUUGACAAGCUGUCACUGCGCUUCAACGAGCGCAUUCUCUUCAUCAAGGAUGUGAUUGGGCCAAGUGAAAUCUGUUGCUGGUCCUUCUAUGGGCACGGGAAAAAGGUGGCCGAGGUCUGUUGUACGUCAAUAGUGUAUGCGACAGAUCGCAAGCAUACGAAGGUCGAGUUCCCAGAGGCGCGCAUCUACGAAGAGACUCUUCAAGUACUGCUCUAUGAGAAUCGCAAUGCUCCCGACCAGGAGCUCCUCCAAGCCACAUCAUCGGUGCGUGCCGGUGGCGUCAGUGGAGCCAGUAUGCAUCAGUAUACCAGCGACGAGGAGGAGGAGCGUACAGGUCUCGCCCGACUGCGCUCCAACAAACGUAACAACCCCACUUGACUUAUACCGAAACUGGAGCUCCCUCAGAUUUGAUGGCAAAAUUGCGGUGCUUGCAGCCUCUGUUGGUUCACCUCUUGAUCUUUGGCCCGAGUAUCGCAAACACCAUAUGAUUAAUCGCAACCUAAUCUAUUAUCUAUAUUCUUUCCGAACCAAUCUUUCUAUCUAUGGUAUAUACAAUUAUCUUUAGCCAACUACUGAAAUAGCAGAUCCCAAGCAAAGUGUAAACAAAGUAUUAGGUCUCAUAUGUUAAAUUACGUUUACAUGUUUAAAUGAUAUAUGAACUUGUUGAUAACAAUUAUAUAAUAUACAUCUAUGGACACAUCCAUAGGACAUUUA